UAUUUCGAAAACGCAGAGGUCGGUUUUGCAGCGAUGGUAGAGAGAAGACGUCUUAGUAUGCUGAUCCCGUCCAAGGAGAACGUUCCUCCUUCGUCUCCCUUCUCUCAAGAGGCUGUAGACGCUCAGAGAAGCUUGCAGAAGACCGCUGUGAGCGAAAAGAUUGCGGCCAUGAGGGACCGCUGGGUCGGGAAGAAAGCGCGGACGGGGACGGAGCUCGCAAAGAGUCCGACCCUCGUCCAGCUGCAGAGGGAGAGCGAGGCCUCGGCCAAGAAAGAGAGGCCGGGAAAGAGCUCUGUGCUGGCCCGGCAGCGGGAGCUGGAGAGACUCCACCACGAGGCGAAAUCACGACUGGAGGGUGUCGGGGGAGUGGGCGGCGGAGUGAGUCUGUGGCCUGCAAUGGACGACAUGCGACUCUCGAUGGGGGACGCCGUUACCCUGGCGUUCCUCUGUCUCUUUCUCACACUCUCCACUGCAGUAAUGUUUCUCCUGCUCCACGGAACUCACAUAGACCAGUUUAAAAGAUAUCAUUCAGUGCUGAGUGAGUUCCCAACCUCUCAUCCUCUCCACAUGGACAGAGGGCAGGAGGUUUUCGAUCAGGACCUUCAACAGUGGCACACGGCCUUCUCUCGUUUCAGGGUGUGUCUGAUGUGUAUAGUGGCUGUGUGGAGUGUCAUGUCCGCUGGUCUCCUGCUCUCGGCCCAGAAGUUGGAGACUGAAAUGGAGUCCACGGUUCUUUCUCUGAUUGACCAUCUGGCUGGUCUUGUGUCCUUGGAUCUGGAUCUCACUCGAUACCGCGAUGUUCUCCUCUACUGGGAGACCAGCUACCUCCAUCCUCACUCCUGUGGCCUGCUGUCUGUCCUGGGCCUUCUACCUGAGAUCACUGAAAACCAACACGAGGAGCUGUUCAGGUCUCUGAGCAGCUCCCCUGCAGGAGAUGAUGACGAGAGAGGCGAGGGGGAGGGGAAGAGGGUUCCUCUUCCUCCAAGACUUGAGAUCCCUACUGCAGUAAUGGUAGCAGGUGUCAAUAUGCCGGAUCAUGACGUGCUUUUUAGACAACUGAGAUCUAAGAUUGUUGCCUCGGUAACUCCACAUGUUGCUAAGCUGCAGUCGGAGACUUGCAGCACAGGAAUGAAGGCUGUAUGGAAGGAAAUACUCUUGCAACUAACUCGAACAGCGGAAACGGAGUUGUCCGAUAAGGAGACUGAUGAAGGGGGAGGCGGGGCAUCCAGACCAAAGCUCUCCCUCCCUUCUCUCUCCCUCCUCCUGAGCUGGUACCAGAGCACCCACCAGGAUGCACCACCAGGUCCGCCAGUCGUAAUAAUUGUGGAAGAUUUCGAAGGAUUUUCUACUCACAUUCUGCAAGAUCUAAUCAUGUCUAUCAGCCCUCAUCUGGGGACGCUGCCAGUGGUUCUGAUCCUGAGUGUGGCGACUUCUGCAGCUGCCAUCCGCUCCCUCCCUCGCUCCUCCUCCUCCCUGCUCUGUGUGGAGCAGUUUUCAGCUCCUUCUUCCAUUGGCACACUAACCCACCUCAUACAGCAAGUUCUCCUCUCCCCUGGCCUCCCGUUACAUCUUGGCCACCAGGCACUGCAGUUCCUGCUGCACCAGUUUCUCUGCUGCUCUCUCUCUGUCUAUCAGUUCUCACGCACACUGCAGAUGUCCAUGCUGGAGCAUUUCCACUGGCAGCCUCUCAGUUUCCUGAUCGGGAAAUGGGACGACCUGGAUUCAGUCGUCGGUACCCUGAAUAACAAUCAGUGUGAAAUGAUCAGAGCCACACCCUCGUUUAGAAAGUAUGUAGAAGGUUUGACUGACCCGGCUGAGCAAAUACGACUUCUAACAGAAGAUAAGCCCCUCAAGGAGGUGGCUAUGGAACAGCUACAGAGGCUCAGGGAACACCGGCAGACUUUUCCUCCUCUGCUGCUUUCUCUUCACAUUCUCACUGAGAGCUUGCCUACUGCCCCUCUCGGGAGGAAGCUACAUGAUGUACUUCUCAUGUGCAUGGAAAGGCAUAUCGUGGAGCACAGCAAGUUCGACACGGCAUGGAGUUUAGUCAAAAUGAUGGGAAGAGAAGCAUUGACUGCAGCUGUAGAAAAAUCUAUUACAAUUCUCAAUACGUCACUGAACGCAUCACAAGACUCUCUUGUAUUGCAAACUCUACAAGUACUGAGACGUUUCUUAGCCGAGUUGGAGAGAAUUGACAAAGAGGCUCAGCAGGCAGCCGGAGAAAGGGAAGAGGAGGUAGAGUCAAUACCACGUGAACCCCUCACCACCAGCGAAAGGAAAAUGAUGUUUCAUGAGCGUCUGAGGCAGAUGGCAAGUCGGAAGAGGGAACCGUCUGCUUUCGAAAAAGCCAGAACAACUCUCCUUGAGGGGUUGCUACCUUGCUUCCAGGAAGGCUUGAUCCCGCCUCAAAUGUUACCAUUUCAUGAAGUUUGCUACUUCAACAACUCCUCUUCUUUGAGAAAGCAUCUCUCCCCAGCUCCUAGAGCCUCUCUACAUGUUGCUCUAACUAAACCUACCUUCUACCUCCCAUCUGCGACCAGUGUGUCAGAGCACAGUAGGUUAUCUCCAAACAUGCCCGACGUCUGCAUUGUCUACCAGUUACAUUUGGAGUGUGGCCGACUUAUAAACCUGUUUGACUGGCUUUGCUCAUUUGUGUCCGUUGUCGACCCUGCCGCCGCAGAGAAAUUGACCAAUCUGGAGAGGGGCAAGGGCCGGAAAGAGGACAUCGAUCCAACUCUACAAGCUCGAUUCAUUCAGGCUGUGUCAGAGCUACAGCUGCUGGGCUUUGUGAAGCCCACACAGCGAAAGACUGAUCAUGUCCAGAGGCUGACGUGGGGAGCCUGCUAA